AUGGAUGAGCGCGCACUCAGCACAUCGACAUCUCAGCCUCCACCUACACCAGAAGUUUCAUCAAAUCAAAUUCCCAGCCAAAGUUCGGAUCGACCACCGUUUCAAUCACCCAGUUAUCCUGAUGUAGAGGGGUCUCACAAGCGAAAGCGGUCUGAUUCUGUUGAAAUUCGUCGUGAGCAUGCAGUGCAUGCUCACACACCGGAAUCCGCUCACCCUCAUCACGAAUCACGAGAGCCUUAUGGAACUCCCUCAAGAGAUUACCGCUCUUAUGGCGAAGAGCACCGAGACAAAGAGUCUUGGUAUUCUCACCAGGCACGCGAUGAGCGAAGUUACGACUCACAGCAAAAUUCGGCCACCACUCCUCAUGGCCAAACAGAGGAGCAGAUUGGUGAUGCGCUUCGCAGGGCUACCGGUCAGAUGGACCAUAAUGACUACUCAAAUGCUAGUCCAGAAGGUGAUGACCAUUCCAUGAUAUAUGGUAGCCAAUACGGAUCCGAGCAGAGGCGUGACGGGGUCUUGCAGCAUGACCCAAAAAAGAGAAAGAGGAACUUCAGUAACAGAACCAAGACGGGUUGCCUGACCUGUCGGAAGCGCAAGAAAAAGUGCGAUGAGCAGAAGCCCGAGUGUGGAAACUGCCUUCGCGGAAGUUUUGUAUGUGCAGGUUAUCCACCUCAACGCGGGCCAGGAUGGCAGAAGCCGGACAACAAGGCUCCUGCAGUUCCCCUUGAAUCUAAGGACCCAACGUACAUUCCCCCGGGAGCUUAUGGGAUGCCACAGCAAAGCCCUUACGGUAAUCAACCUGUGAAGCGCGAAUCCCUGCCACCUUAUCGUGGCCAGGCUCUUCGCAUAGACCCCCCACAAGGCCGCCCUUUGGUGACCGACGACGACCGGCCAACGGCAUCAACACUGCCCAGCGCGUCUGUGGCCAGUCCCGAAAACAAACUCUCUGCUCUUCCUUAUACUCCUGCAAACGUUUUCCCAACUCCAGUCAGCGCAAAUCCUCAACCACCGCCACCCUUCGGAGAAAGGAUGGCAAAGGAAUACCAGCGUGUGCCUCCACUGCACGAUCUCAGCAGGACGGAACCGGAGUCUGCCCAUUUAGGGAACCAGCUUCCACAGAUUAACAUACUUCACCCGACAAGAACCAACAGUCCUGCUCCUCCCCCGCCGGCCCCGACAUCAAAUGCCCAAGUCGCUGCUCAGCUGGCUUUAUCGCACUCGCAGUUCCCGCAGAGACGAACUCAAAAAGAGGAGAUGUUGUCUGGGCGACAUUACUAUCCAUUCGACAAGGAGCUUUGCUUGGAGCGUGAGCGUUGCUCUGCGGCUUGCUGGAGGUUCAACAACCUCACCACCCCCCCUACUAACGGUGUAUCUCCCGAAGAGCGUGCUCGCCUAUUCCUCGAAAUUCUACAGCCUCGCGAUCCCGUUCGAGUUUCUCCCACAGAGGCUUCCCCAGUCACCAAUGUUGGCCGCGUCGGCAGGCAUGUUGCUGUUGAGACACCCUUCAUUUGCGAUUACGGUUACAACAUCACCAUUGGCCAUCACGUUGUCAUUGGACGCAACUGCACGAUCAAUGAUGUUUGCGAGGUCAAGAUUGGCGACAACUGUGUUAUUGGACCGAAUGUCAGCAUUUUCACGGCAGGACUCCCCAUUGACCCUAAGAAACGCCAGGGUGGCCAGGGACCUCAGAUGGGCAAGCCUAUCACCAUCGAGCAGGACUGCUGGAUUGGCGGAGGUGCCAUUAUUCUUCCAGGGAGGACCAUUGGCAAAGGCAGCACUGUUGGUGCCGGAUCAAUUGUCACCAAGGAUGUUCCUCCUUUCACCAUUGUAGCUGGAAACCCCGCGAGGGUCCUACGCGGCAUCGCUUCUUAA